UAAAAAGUGGACUCACGAACGAAUAUUAGAGAACCAUUUGGGAAGAGAGUAAGAAAACACACUAAAACCUCUCUGAAAUCUGAGUCCAGGAAAGAAAAUAUGAAUUCAAAUCACUUGCUUCUUGAAGAGCCCAUAAGAAUGGCUUCCAUUCUUGAGCCAUCAAGGCCUAGUUUCUUUCCUGCAAUGACUAAAAUUGUGGGGACACUUGGUCCGAAGUCGCGAUCUGUUGAAAUAAUAUCCGAUUGUCUUAAGGCUGGAAUGUCUGUGGCGAGGUUCGAUUUUUCCUGGGGUGAUAUUGAAUUUCACCAAGAGACAUUGGAAAAUUUGAAGACUGCUGUUAAAAGCACUAGGAAGCUUUGUGCCAUUAUGCUUGAUACUGGGGGUCCAGAAUUGCAAGUAGUUAAUAAAACGGAGCACCCCAUUUCCCUUGAAGCAGAUACAAAAGUUAUCCUCACUCCAGACCAAGAUAAACCAGCUACUUCAAAUCUGCUACCAAUAAAUUAUCAUGGGCUAUCUAAGGCAGUCAAGAAGGGAGAUACCAUAUUUAUCGGCCAAUACCUGUUUACUGGAAAUGAAACUACUUCAGUGUGGUUAGAGGUAGAUGAGGUGUGCAGUGAAGAUGUGGUUUGCCUAAUCAAGAAUUCCGCUACCUUAUCUGGGACAUUGUAUACCUUGCAUGUCUCUCAAAUUCGCAUUGAUAUGCCUACUUUGACUGAUAAGGAUAAGGAGGUUAUAAGCAUCUGGGGCGUUCAAAACAAUAUAGACAUCCUUUCUUUGUCAUAUACCCGACAUGCAGAAGAUAUUCGUCAUGCUCGUUCUUUUCUUUCUAAACUGGGUGAGCUCAACCAGACUCAAAUUUUUGCCAAGAUUGAAAAUAUAGAGGGGUUAACUCAUUUUGAUGAGAUCUUACAAGAAGCAGAUGGAAUCAUCUUUUCUCGGGGAAAUCUGGGGAUAGAUCUCCCGCCUGAGAAGGUGUUUCUAUUUCAAAAAGCUGCUGUUUACAAGUGCAACAUGAUGGGAAAACCUGCAGUGGUCACUCGUGUUGUGGACAGUAUGACAGACAACCUAAGACCUACUCGUGCUGAAGCAACUGAUGUUGCCAAUGCUGUGUUGGAUGGGAGUGAUGCAAUACUUUUAGGGGCAGAAACCUUGCGUGGACUAUACCCUGUUGAGACUGUCUCUACAGUUGGAAAAAUUUGUGCUGAAGCAGAAAAAGUUUUCAAUCAAGAUUUAUACUUCAAGAAAACUGUCAAAAAUGUUGGAGAACCAAUGAGUCAUCUGGAAUCCAUAGCUUCCACUGCGGUACGUGCAGCUAUCAAAGUCAAAGCCUCUGCAAUUAUUUGCUUCACUUCAUCUGGAAGAGCUGCAAGGCUGAUUGCAAAGUACAGGCCAACAAUGCCUGUGAUAUCUGUUGUCAUUCCUCGGCUAAAGACAAAUCAACUACGCUGGACUUUCUCUGGUGCUUUUGAGGCAAGGCAAUCCCUCAUCGUCAGAGGCCUUUUCCCCAUGCUGGCUGACCCUCGACAUCCGGCGGAGUCGAAGAGUGGCUCAAAUGAAUCGGUUUUAAAGGUUGCUUUAGAUCAUGGAAAGGCCUCAGGUGUUAUAAAGCCACAUGACCGUGUGGUGGUUUGCCAGAAGCUGGGUGAUGCAUCAGUGGUAAAGAUCCUUGAACUUGAAGAUUAGAAGCUAAUAUGUGGAUGAGAAGUUUUGCAUAACCUAAAACCCUAAGCAUGGCAUGAAUGAAAUAAACCGUAUCUAUACAUGUAUUCUCAAACUAUCCGUGCUAUUUUUGUGUAAACGAAUUUUGUGUCUUGUAAGAAAAACAGAUCAGAUAUUUGCGGAGGUUACUAAUUACCAACUUAUUGAAGUGGUCAUGAAAUUUUAUUUUACUUUUACUUA